UGACCCGCGCCCCCGGAAGUGGCGUCACAGCGCGCGCGUGGCGCGGCGCCGCUUCCGCAAACAGAGUCUCCGGCGGCUGGACGUUGUAGCUGAUGAAGUUUUACCAUCUAUUUAAGUAAUCAAAAAUGGAAAAUUCUGCAAACGCAGAGGAAUGUGAAAAGGUCUCUCUUGAAGAGGCAAAAACAACAAUAGAUUCAGAAACAGAGUCUUCAUUCAGCAUUAAGGAAGACACGACCUCUCCUGGGACUGAGCUUUCCGAAAAGGCUCCCUCGUGUGGGCAGGUAGACACCCCAAGAAAGAGAAAAAUAGAGUUUGAGGAUGAUCUUGUAAAGGAAAGUUCUAGUCGUGGGGAAGACACUUCAUCCAAGAAGAGAAAACUUGGUGCUGAAAUCACCCCCGAGGAAAAAGUUUCUGGUGAUGAUGAAGGCAUUUCAAGGAAAACUGAUGGAUUUCCUCAAGAUGAGCCUUCUCCUGGAGAUGGCAUUCAGAAACGGAGGAAAACAGAACCUGAGAAUGUUCCUGAAAAGCAAAAAAACUUGGAAGAAGGACACAGCUCAGCAGUGGCUGCACACUACAAUGAACUCCAGGAAGUUGGUUUGGAGAAACGAAGCCAGAGUCGAAUUUUUUACCUAAGAAACUUUAAUAAUUGGAUGAAGAGUGUCCUCAUUGGGGAAUUUUUAGAAAAGGUGCGGCAGAAAAAAAAACGUGAUAUCACUGUUUUGGACCUGGGUUGUGGUAAAGGUGGAGAUUUGCUCAAGUGGAAAAAGGGAAGAAUUGACAAGCUGGUUUGCACUGACAUUGCUGACGUGUCUGUCAAGCAGUGUCAGCAGCGGUAUGAGGACAUGAGAAGCCGUUGUCGUGACAGUGAAUAUAUUUUCAAUGCAGAAUUUAUAACUGCUGACUGUUCAAAGGAACUUUUGGCUGAUAAAUUUUGUGACCCAGGAAUGCACUUUGACAUCUGCAGUUGUCAGUUUGUCUGCCAUUACUCGUUUGAGUCCUACGAACAGGCAGAUGUCAUGCUUAGAAACGCGUGUGAGAGACUGAACCCGGGAGGCUAUUUCAUUGGUACCACUCCCAAUGGCUUUGAAUUGAUAAGGCGCCUUGAAGCUUCAGAAACAGAAUCAUUCGGAAAUGAAAUAUACACGGUGAAAUUUCAGAAGAAAGGGGAUUAUCCUUUAUUUGGCUGCAAAUACGACUUCAACUUGGAAGGUGUUGUGGAUGUCCCUGAAUUCUUGGUCUAUUUUCCAUUGCUAAAUGAAAUGGCGAAGAAGUACAAUAUGAAACUAGUCUACAAGAAAACAUUUCGGGAAUUCUAUGAAGAAAAAAUUAAGAACAAUGAAAACAGAAUGUUGUUAAAACGAAUGCAGGCCUUAGAGCCAUAUCCUGCAAAUGAGAAUUCCAGACUUGCCUCUGAGAAGGUGGGUGACUAUGAACAUGCAGAGCAGUACGUGAAGAACAGUCAAGUAAGGUUACCUUUGGCAUUUACUUGGUUUUUGCAUUUGAGAAGCAGCAGUGAGCACGCACGCACACGGUGGUACCAGAGCAGCCGUGUCCGUCUUGCACAGAUUUGGGUGGUCCACCUGCACGGAUCUGACAGCCGUGUUCGCCUUGGUUCUCGGUGUGCAGGGUGCUGCUGGAAACAGUGUAUAAAUCCGACAUUUGCUGUCUGUGACAGAUAAACUGUGUGUGUGUAUAUAAGAGUGAGUCGGGACCUUUGUCUUUAAAAAUCUAUUUUUAAGUAAUGUUCUAAGAAUUCCAUUUGCUGCCACUAUCUUAGCUCAUAAAAAUUAUAAAAUGACUCUUGAAAGCCACUGAGUUCUUUCCCCAGGCUCUGCUUUGCUCAGUGUUUAUUCACAGUGUUAAAUUGGUUGCGGCUGCAGAACUGCUGAGGGAGUGUGUGCUCAUUUCCAUAGUUACUGUUUUUCAAGAUUAAAUUGCGUUCUGUACGGUUGAAUGUAAGUGUUCGAUAUGUGUUGCUAUAAUUAUAAGUUUGAAACUAAAUUUUAGAUGAUCAUAAAAGUUUACAUAGAAUUUUAGCCAGUUGUUAAAUUUCACUGUAAACAAUAACUACCUUAUUUGCUAAUAUGAUGUGAUGCCAGAACUGGACACAGACUUGUAUUGGAUUUUGGGGGCUUUCUCUUCAGCAUUUCCUCCGAUAGCAGUUAGUGUUGAUAGUUAUCAGGGAUGUAGUUCACUUCUCCUUGAACCAAAAUGCCGUAGGUGUUCUUCUCGGUUUGAUGGACCGCUCCCCGUGCACCUGUGGCACCUUUGCCUUGGAUUUACCUUCAGAAUGCAGGAGGGUGUGGCUGUUGAGGAAGCUGACGGGAAGAGGUGAGUGCGAGAUGGUGGGUCUCGGCUACUGGUCCCCGCCACCCGGGACGCAGCAGUGCCUGGCCCAGGCAUGGUCAGGCGUGCUUGCACACGAGGUCGGACACCCCACCCCCAGAGCGUGCAUUUGCUGUUUCAGAGCCGUUACAGGUGUCAGCCCUGGCGUCCUGCUUGACUUCCAGAACUGAUACCUGCAUGAACUGUUGUCCAUAAUUUGUCUCCAUUUAGAAAACUUGCCAGUUUUUAAAUGUGAAAAUUUAAAGAGCAGAGCAGUCAUUACAUAUUCUUUAAA